CUUGCUUAUUGCUAACAUGGCAAGUAGACAAAUCAACGAAACAGUAGGAAUUUACCUCUUUUCCAUGUUGAUGCUACUGACCUUAUUACCUCCAGCCCAUGUUAUUUCUAUGGCAUGCAAUGCAUGCGGUCCAGAGUGUGCCAACGCUUGUGGGACCGCUAUGUUCCGGGCAUGUUGCUUCAACUACAACAAGAAACGAAGUGCUCCUGAACCAGAUUUUGAACAUAUGGCCACCGACAAUGUUGGUAAUCUCUCAGAAGGUCUCGAUAUAGGUCCAUGGUCCAGUGACAAUUCAGGCGAUGUCACCAAUUCUGAUGUGAACCAAAAAUAUCAAAAGUCUUUCUCAGUACCCAAGUGGAUUCGUUUGAUUGGAAAGCUUUCCAACGGAUCCUUGAACAAGGAAAGAAAACAGAACUACUAUGGGGGCUAUCUAUAUUAGAGGAUGUCAAUGUCAUCUUUUGUAUAACAUGAGAUCUUUUAUAAAUCUAAACAAUCUUUCAUCUUUCAAAAUAAUUCUUUUGAGAAUAUUGUUAAAAAGGAAAGAUCUUU